AACACACACACACACACGUGUUUCGUUGCUCCAACAUGGCUUCGUCAGCUAAGAAGAGAGCAGUCGGGCUGGGUGAAAAUCCCGAAGAAAGCGACAACAGUUCGGAGGAGACUCCCGAGGAUGAUGACGAUUCUGGGGAGGACGACAGCGACGCGUCGGACGACCAAAUCAACGAGGAGGUCGUGGUGGACUUUGAAGCCCACACUAUUUCAGACAAUGAUUUCAAUGGCAUCAAGAAACUGCUGCAACAGCUCUUCCUGAAGGCUCAUGUAAACACAUCAGAGAUGACAGACAUCAUCAUCCAGCAAAACCACAUCGGAAGUGUCAUCAAGCAAGCUGAGGUUCCAGAGGACAGCGAUGACGACGAGGACCCGGAUGAAGUGUUUGGCUUCAUAACCAUGCUCAACCUCACAGAGAGGAAGGGUGUUCAGUGUGUGGAGGAGGUCAAGGAGCUGAUCGUGGACCAGUGCGAGAAGAACGCUCCCCACAGUGUCACCGAGCAGCUCCAGCAGAUCUUGAACGACACGACCAAGCCCGUGGGGCUCCUGCUGAGCGAGCGCUUCAUAAAYGUACCUCCUCAGAUCGCGCUCCCUCUGCAUAAACAACUCCAAAAAGAACUGGCCGAAGCUCAGAGGACAAAUAAACCCAGCGGGAGGUGUCACUACUGCCUGCUGAUCAGCAAGACGUGCAAAGAGGCCAGCCGAAACAUCCCAGCCAGAGGAGGCGCUCCUAAAGAGGAGUACGUGUUCGCCAACGCAGAGGAGGAGUUCUUUUACGAGCAAGCCGUCGUGAAGUUCCACUACUCGGUCCAGGAAGACGCAGAUUCCUGUUUGAGCGGCCGGUGGUCGUUCGACGACGUCCCCAUGAAGCCUUUCAGGACAGUGAUGCUGAUCCCCGCGGACAGAAUGCCUGCUGUUAUGGACAAACUGAAAGAAUACCUGACUGUGUGAAAGAUACAAGACCUGCAGGACAAUUUUGUAAAAUUGCAGCUGGCUACAUCAAGAGAAGUCUGAGGUUUCUAUAAGGACAGCUUGUGUGGUGAAAACUGGAUUUUACUGUUUAUGUUUGAGAAAAGUCACACUUGAUAUACAGUAAACAUGAAGUGUCUUGUUAAAGAGGUAUGAUGGGUGAGUCAAAAUUCUAUUAGAACUACUUGGUUUUGUACAGUUAUGUCUUGAAAUGGUUGAAAAAUCAUUAAAAAAUAUCUUUCAAUCCAA